AUAAUAAUUAAUAAAUUUUAUAUUUAACCUUCACCUACCUGAAAUAUACAAGUAUAUUUAUAACCAUAACACAAAGAUGAUCAAAAUUUAGAUUUACGUUUAUUAUAAUGUGGCAUUAUUCAAAAUCGUUUUAUAAUAAAAAUGUAACAAGAUGGAGCAAUCAUGCAUUUUACAAUUAUCAAAGAAUAAGGCACAGUAAUUCAAAGUCUAAUUCAGAAACAAAUGAAGAUGUUGAUGAUCCACUUCCUAAAGAAGCAAAAGUUGUGAUAUGUGGAGGUGGAGUUAUGGGUGGUGCAGUUGCUUAUCAUCUUUCACUUAUGGGAUUGGGACCUCAAACUGUUAUUGUAGAAAGUGAAAGAUUAGGUGGCGGAACAACAUGGCAUACUUCAGGAUUAGUUGGAGCAUUUAAACCAAGUCUGGCGCAAAUUAAGUUAGCACAGGAUAGCAUAGCAUUAUAUAAAGAACUAGAAAAAAAGAACUUAUCAACUGGUUGGAAGCAAUGUGGUAGCCUUUCUUUAGCGCGUACCAGAGAUCGUAUGACUGUAUUUAGAAGAAUGAAAGCACAAUCCAUAUCAUGUAACAUUGAAUGUGAGUUAAUUACUCCAAAGCAAGUACAAGAAAUAUGUCCAAUGCUACGUACAGAUGAUUUAGCUGGUGGAUUAUGGAUUCCGGGUGAUGGUGUAGGAAAUCCUUAUCAAAUUUGUUUAACAUUAAUAAAAGAAGCAAAAAGAAAAGGUGUUAAAGUAUUUGAAAAUUGUAAAGUUACUCGAAUUAUAACACAAAAUGAUAGAAUUGAAGCUGUAGAAACAACACGUGGUACUAUUGAAUGUGAACAUUUUGUCAAUUGUGCCGGAUUUUGGGCACGUAAUGUAGGAAAACUAAGUGAACCAUAUGUAAAGGUACCGCUUCAUCCUGUAGAACAUUACUAUUUACAUACUAAACCAAUUACUGGUUUAGAUCCUAUGACUCCUGUUAUAAGAGAUUUGGAUGGUUACAUUUAUUUUCGAGAAAACAAUGGACGCUUAUUAGCUGGUGGUUUUGAACCAAUUGCAAAACCAGUAUUUGAGGAUGGAACAAUACCUGAAACUACAGAACAAAGAUUUUUACCAGAAGAUUGGGACCAUUUUCAUAUUUUAUUGGAACAAAUGCUCCAUAGAAUUCCGAGUUUAGGAAAUGCAAUUUUGGAAAAACUGUGUAAUGGUCCUGAAGCAUUUUCUCCAGAUUGUAAAUGGAUAGUCGGUGAAGCUCCAGAAAUUCGUAAUUAUUACAUCGCUGCUGGUAUGAAAACGGUAGGUAUAUCAGCAGCUGGUGGAGUUGGUCGAGCUACCGCGGAAUUAAUAAUGCACGGUUCAACGUCUUUAGAUAUGUAUGAGUUAGAUGUAUCACGUUUUUUGGGCCUUCAUAAUAAUCGCAAAUUUCUACGUGAUCGAGUAAAAGAAGUUCCUGGUAUGCAUUACGCGUUACAGUAUCCACAUAAUGAAUUUAAAACUGGUAGAAAUUUGAGAAUGUCACCAAUUUAUCCAAAACUUCGAGAAACGGGUGCUGUAUUUGGCCAAGUAAUGGGAUACGAGCGACCAUCAUGGUUUGAAUUGAAUAAAGAUGAUGAUGAUUUAGAAAUAACUGACGCGUUUCCAACUGGUAAGAUUGCAUACACAAAUACGUUUAGUAAACCACCAUGGUUUGAACCAGUUGCGGAAGAAUAUGCUGCGUGCCGUGAAACAAUUGGACUUAGUGACUAUUCUUCUUUUACUAAGAUUGAUUUAUGGUCACCUGGAAUGGAAGUAGUAGAACUACUACAGUACUUGUGUUCAAAUGAUGUAGAUGUUCCAGUAGGUAGCAUUAUUCAUACAGGUAUGCAAAACCAUGCUGGAGGCUAUGAAAAUGAUUGCAGUCUAGCACGUAUAGCUCCCAAUCACUACAUGAUGAUUGCUCCUACUAUACAACAAACUCGCUGCAAACAAUGGAUUAAUCGUCAUUUACCUGCAGACGGAUCAGUUGCAGUAUCUGAUGUCACAUCAGCUUAUACAGCAAUUUGUAUUAUGGGUCCUGCUACUAGACAGUUACUUUCAGAAUUAACGGAUACUGAUUUGAAUCCUAAGAAUUUUCCGUUCUUUACAUUUAAGGAAUUAGAUGUUGGUCUUGCCAAUGGAAUACGUACAAUGAAUCUAACUCAUACCGGGGAACUUGGUUACGUUUUAUAUAUUCCAAAUGAAUUUGCAUUACACGUAUAUACAAGAUUAAUAGAGUCUGGGGCGAAAUAUGGAAUAAAACAUGCCGGUUAUUAUGCGACCCGAGCAUUACGCGUUGAAAAAUUUUACGCAUUUUGGGGUCAAGAUUUAGAUACGUUUACUACUCCGUUAGAAUGUGGACGGUCUUGGAGAGUGAAACUUGAUAAGAACAUAAAUUUCAUCGGAAGAGAUGCCCUCUUAAAACAACGCGAAGAAGGCGUAAAACGGAAAUACGUGCAAUUAUUGUUGAAUGAUCAUGAUCCGGAGUAUGAUACAUGGUGUUGGGGAAGUGAGCCUAUUUUUAGGAAUGGAAAAUAUUGUGGGAUGACAACUACUACAGGUUACGGAUUCACGUUCAGAAAGCAGGUUUGUCUUGGAUUUAUACAAAACUUUGAUUCGCAAGGACGACCACAAGAAGUAACAAAUGAAUACGUACUAUCUGGAGACUAUGAAGUGGAUGUUGCAGGAAUAAAAUUUCCUGCAAAAUGUCACUUGCAUAGUCCAAAUUUGCCAACUAAAUUCCCAGAUAAAGAAAGAGAUUCUUAUCAUGCAACGCGAGAUCAGCACUCUGCAUAACUUCGACAAUAUCAGUUUUAAAGUGUGUAUAAAUAAUGUAUAUAGAUAGGCCAAGAUUUAAUAAAUUAACUAAUAAAUGA